AAACGAAGGGAAAACGCAUAAAUUUACAGUAUGGUACUGCAAGUGAGAGAAAGAGUCAAUGCGCAAGAAUAGGGGAAAAACUCCAUAGAUCAAACAGUACUAGAGAGACAAUCACGUUUUUUUUGUUCAAAAAAGAAAACAAAAUGCCAUGAACAAACCAAUCAAAGAGAAGAAGAAACAUCGAAAACCCACAGAUUUUGACUGCCCUCCCCCAAUAAUGUUCAAGUCUGCUACUUGCCAUUCUGGGCAGCAGUGUUCAUCCCCCCUCCUCUCUCUCUCUUUCUACAUCUUUCUCUCUCAAUCUCUUCUUGGGUGGUGCCAGCACGUUACCCGUUGCGUAUUGGCCUUUCAUGCCAAAUAAUCAUCCUCUGUUUCUGUCCUUGAAUACCUUACCAGACUUGUUUUCAUGGAUGUUUUCAGGCAGUAUUCAUUUCUAGGUGAAAUUUUUUUUGAGCUUUGUUUUUGUACAUUUUAACAGUAGAAAAACGUUACCUACCCAUUGUCUCUUUCAGUGAGAGAGAGAAGAGUUGCUCUACUUACAGGCUUUCAUGGAGAUUUUCAGAGACUCUUGGGUGCUAGGUGUGUAGAGAAAAGCUGCCUAUUUUCGAAUAUCACUUCUAGAGAGAUAGAGAUGGAUAGUAGUCUUAGUGGGUCUUCUGACAAAGAUCAGACUUCAAUGGAUGAGACUGGAAGUUCUCGCCCAAAACCCAUUUCGAAUUUGAACCCGAUCGAGCUUGAAAAUGGGGUGAAUCCAGCACGUGUCACCCAAAAUUGCAGAGAAGUCUCUGGCCUUAAGGUGAAUUGUGAGAAGAAAAAAGGUAGGGGCUCAAAGUGAUAGGAAUAUGGAAAUGAUUUCAGAGUUUGGUUUGUCUAAUAAAGGCUCCGAGACUGGUCCUGAGAUGUGUUCAGGGGUUGGGUACUACAUUAUUGAUGUGAAAUGUGCUGGAGAGGGACAUGUUGAGAAAGAAAGGGUGUGUAGAGUUUGCCAUUUGAGUUCGGAUAACCAAUCUUCUGUUACUGAUUUGAUACAGCUUGGUUGUGAGUGUUUGAAUGAUCUAGCCAUUGCUCAUCGUCGUUGUGCAGAGGCCUGGUUCAGGAUCAAAGGAGAUAAGCGCUGCGAAAUAUGCGGCGUUGUUGCGGAAAAUAUAAAAGGAGUUGGAAGUGGCAGCUUUCUUCUAGAGUGGAACCACACUGGAGGAAACAAUAGAGGCCAUGGAGAGGCUAAUGGCUUGUGGAGACGUCAGCCUCUCUGUACAUUUGUAAUGGCUUCUGUGGUCAUAUCCUUUGUUCUACUCUGGUUCUUCAGAGUAGAUACAUAGAUGCAGCUCUAAAGCCAUUUGGUACGCAAGUUUAUGCUUUUAUUCACAGUAAAGUGAACCAUCCACAGCUUGUGCAUGGUAUUUUUUUGUUUUUUUUUUAGUUUUUUGAGCAAUCCUGUGUACGGUACGUCGAUACACAGUUUGGGCAUACACCAUCAUUUCUCAAUGAUUGGAAGGUGUGGAUUGAUCAUAUUGCAGUCUCUGCAUGUCUUGUGUAUGGUUGGUGGGUGCCCUGGCUAUGUGUCAUGCACCAUACACAGGCUGUGUUUGGUUUGCUUUCUGAUUGUUCUGUUCCUCACGUGCUACUCUUUCAGUUGGAGCCAUCGAUGUCAGAUUGUGUUGGGGAGAUCAUGAGACAUUCUAUUUUUGAGAGGGAGAGAUUCAUUUGUACAUCAUACUACAUGAGAGGAUUUGAAAGUCCAACCUUGGUUAUGUUAAAAUCUGGUUACUCAAACAAAACUUAUUUUGAUGGCUUCGAAUGGUACCCAGGUUAUGUAAAUCUCAUGUUGGAUCA